CAUUUUGUCAACGUCAAUAAAUGCAAAAGGAAGCCACCAAAAGGGCUUUGUCUUUUCCGUUUUAUUUUCCUUUUUUCCUUUUUUCCUUAUUUUACCUUCAGGGGCGAGUCCUUUAUAAGAAAUGAAAAUCUCAUGCCAAUCUAUUACUGUGGGGUUGUUGAGCAUGCUUUGUCUCUGAUUGGUGUGCUGCCGCCAUACCUUUUAUCUUUAGUGUGCUUUAUCAAUUUUUGCUAAGGUUCAAAGAUUUUGGGAGUUUGGGGCAUUUGUGGUAGGCGGGUGAGGCAUUUGGGCGUGCGUUCUGUGGCCUGUUUGGUGAAGGGCAAGAUGGCUUCCUAUGGGAUGCUUGCUAGGAGGGUUGUGGAGACAGAGACACCAGUGAUGGUUCAGAUACAGGAAUUGAUCAGAGGUGCUGGGGAUGCUAUGUCACUGGCUCAGGGGGUAGUUUAUUGGCAACCACCCAAGCAAGCAUUGGAGAAAGUAAAGGACCUUGUAUGGGAACCUUCAGUCAGUCGUUAUGGUGCUGAUGAUGGUCUUCCUGAGCUCAGGGAGGCAUUGGUAGAAAAGCUGCGUCAGGAAAAUAAGUUAUAUAAAUCUUCUGUGAUGGUUACUGCAGGAGCAAAUCAGGCAUUUGUGAAUCUCGUUCUUACAUUAUGUGAUGCUGGAGAUUUGGUUGUUAUGUUUGCACCAUACUACUUCAAUGCAUACAUGUCCUUCCAGAUGACAGGUGUUACUAACAUAUUGGUGGGUCCUUCUAAUCCGAAGACUCUUCAUCCAGAUGCAGAUUGGUUGGAAAAAAUAUUGUUGGAAACUAAACCAGCACCAAAGGUUGUAACUGUUGUGAAUCCUGGUAACCCAUCUGGGACCUACAUUCCAGAGCCUCUGCUUAAGAGGUUUGCAGAUCUUUGCAGAAAUGCUGGAUCUUGGCUUGUUGUAGAUAAUACAUAUGAGUACUUCAUGUAUGAUGGUCUUAAGCACACGUGUGUAGAGGAUGAUCACAUAGUGAACAUUUUUUCCUUCUCAAAAGCCUAUGGGAUGAUGGGAUGGCGAGUUGGUUAUAUAGCAUACCCCUCAAAUGUGGAGGGCCUUGGCGCACAACUCCUCAAAGUCCAAGACAACAUACCCAUCUGUGCUUCAAUAUUCUCACAGCACCUGGCCCUAUAUUCACUAGAAAUGGGACCUGAGUGGGUGACUAAACAAGUGAAAAGCCUUGUCAUUAACAGAUCUCUCAUAAUGGAUGCACUCUCCCCACUGGGAAAAGAUUCUGUGAAAGGUGGAGAAGGUGCUAUUUACCUGUUUGCAAAACUUCCAGACCAAUAUCAUGAUGACUUUGAGGUGGUUCGCUGGCUUGCACGGAAGCAUAGGGUGGUUGUGAUCCCAGGAAGCGCUUGCGGAACUCCAGGGAGUCUGAGGGUCUCUUUUGGGGGGUUGAGGGAGGAUGAGACCCAAAUCGCUGCAGGAAGGCUGAAGAAAGGAAUUGAAGAACUGGUGAGGGAUGGGAUGUUGCAGUAACCUCUAACAUUCUAUUCAAUAUUGAAACUGGAAGUCCUUUGGCCGGUUUUUGCAAGUUCAAAACUGGUGCAAGUUCUGUCCCAAAAUAAUUGGAGGAUUCAUGCCUGUUAAGUCCUCCGAAAUCACAACAUUUAUUUCAGUUACAUAUAUCAGGAAUACCCUCUUAACAUCUGCAUGUAUUACCACUAUACUACAGUGAUUUUUAUGCAUAACCACUUUUCAUGGUUCAUAUCU